GAAGCAAGAUUACUUUAUCCCAGUUCCAGUACCUCCUUUUUGAUAGAGACAGCUAUAAAUCAGCUGGCAAAUUAGCUCAGAAAUGCUAACAAUAACUCAAGGUUUUAUAGUCCUGAUCAUUUUUUUGUUAAUUGUUGAGUUUUUCAGGCUGCAAAAAGCUUGCAAGCAAUUCCCUCCUGGACCAACUCCUCUCCCAUUGCUUGGAAACUUGGUGCACUUGAACUUUCAGUUUCAUCGGGAUCUUCUGAUGGAGCUGGCAAAAACUCAUGGUAACAUGUACACUCUGUGGUUUGGGUGGGUCCCAGUGAUUAUACUGAAUGGAUUUCAAGCAGUGAAGGAUGGCAUGACCACACACCCUGAAGAUGUUUCUGGCAGGCUGGUGUCACCUUUCUUCAGAGCAUUGGCCAAAGGAAAAGGUAUUAUCCUUGCAAGUGGUCGCUCCUGGAAGCAGCAGAGACGUUUUGGAAUAAUGACUCUACGCAAUUUGGGAAUGGGGAAAAAAGGCCUGGAGCAUCGAGUGCAAGAGGAGGCCUCUCACCUGGUGGAGUUUUUUGGGAACCUCAAAGGAAGACCUGUGGAUCCUUCUUUCCCUCUUUUCCAUUCUAUUUCAAAUGUAAUUUGUGCUGUGGUUUUUGGAUAUCACUUCUCUGAUGAGGACAAAACCUUCCAUGAACUGAUCCAUGCUACAGAGAAAAUAUUCAGGUUUGCAGGCAGCUUUGUUCAUCAGAUGUACGAAAUCCUGCCCUGGCUGCUGUGUCGCCUCCCUGGGUCUCAUAAGAAAGUGUUGGCUUGCUAUGAUGUCCUGAGCUCUUUUGCAAGGAAGGAGAUCAGAAGACAUGUAGAGAGAGGGAUACCAGCUGAACCACAGGAUUUCAUUGACUUUUACCUGGCUGAGAUUGAGAAAUCUAAAGAGGGGGCCAAGCCCAAGUAUGAUGAAGAGAAUUUGGUAUAUGUCAUAAAUGAUCUUUUCCUUGGUGGAUCAGAGACCUCAAGCACUACAUUGUACUGGGGACUGCUCUAUAUGGUGGUGAAUCCAGACAUCCAAGCAAAAGUGCAGAAGGAGCUGGAUGCUGUCCUGGGUCCUUCCCAGUUAAUUUGUUAUGAGGACCGGAGAAAGCUGCCCUACACAAACGCUGUGGUUCAUGAGGUUCAGCGCUUCAGCAACAUUGUCUUUGUUGGUGUCCCCAGACUGUGUGUGAGGAACACAACUCUGCUGGGAUUCCCUGUCAAAAAGGGCACCAUUGUUAUCCCAAAUAUAGCAUCUGUUCUGUAUGACCCUGAGCAGUGGGAGACACCUCGGCAGUUCAACCCUGGCCAUUUUCUGGAUAAAGAGGGAAACUUUUUACCUCGAGAAGCUUUCUUGCCAUUCUCAGCAGGGCACCGGGUGUGUUUGGGGGAGCACUUAGCCAGGACCGAGCUGUUCAUUUUCUUUGCCAGCCUGCUGCGGGCGUUCAUCUUCCGCCUGCCCGAGGGAGUGACCGCGGUCAGCACGGAGCCCGUGCUGGGGGGCACUCUGCAGCCCCAGCCCUACAGGCUCUGUGCCAUCCCACGCUAGGCCAGCAUGGCACCGCCACCUUUACCUCCAUCAUCCCUAAUAAUACGGUUUAGGUUUUGAAAUCAGGUUGCAGGUGUCUGUUCCAGGCAAAUAUGUGCAACUGGGUGUGUUACUUUUUAAAUCACUGUGAUUGCUUCAGCUAAAAUGAGUUCGUGUCGCAGAACUGCAGAAGAGCUGCUUUGUUUUUUACAUUUGCAGGAUAGCAGGAGUGUGUCAAUCUAGAAAGCCUAAAAUAUUUAACUGAUUGAUAUGAAAAAGCUGCCUAACAUGUGGUGCUCAGCUCUGCUAAGUUAAGGUACAGGAAAGCACUGGCAAGUUGUCUGCCACCCAGAUCCUCUGCUGAUGUUUUUCUUGUGCUUUUCUUUCUCUUUCAUGAUGGGCCUCUCAUGGGUAGCAAUAUUAGUGCCACAGCCACAAGCAGGACAAAUGCCAAACUCCAGGGAAGCUAUUUAUCCUGGCAAAAGGAAACAGCAGGCACUGGAGACAAAGACAGCCUUGUGUAAAAGUUGGUAGAUGCUGCAUCCAUCCAGAAAUUAAAAUCAAGGGUUGAUUUUUUUUCACUUCUGUUCAAAUAAGUUGUUUGAACUGUUUUGUUUCAAAGGCCAAGGCAAAACUGAACCUGUGGAGGCUUCAUGGAAUGACCCAGUGAAUCAUUGGUGUGUAGUGGGGGAACCUGACAUCUGUGGGAUUACAUUUUGAAAAAAAACAAAUUAUCUGGUGCACCAGCCUAUGCAUUUGGGGAAACUAUUUCUGUAUUUGAGCAAGUUUAGAAACUCUUGAACAAACAACAGGUGAAAGAACAGGAAAUUUUUGCUGUCUCUCUGGCAGGUGACAAAUGCAACAAAAAGGGAGAUGGGUCAAAAGAGCCAGAGGGGGUUGCACUGCACAUGCUGUGUUGGUAAUCUGAGCCUCAUCACAGGAUUUGUACUAAGCAUCUCUUUCUGUUCAAAAAGCAAUUGGAUAUAUCUUCAGCAGGAAAAUUACUUUAGGGUUGUUUAAUAAGCAUACAGUGUUUGGCGUUUGUACUGUUCUUACACACUUUUCUAAGGCACCUGCAAUCUUAUGCUGUGAGAACAUGAGACUGGCUGAACUUUCACCUGACACACCAUGGCUGUGUUUGAGUUCUGUAACAGAAUUAAAAUAGUUUCAUAUUAAUCUUCAUCUUGCAUAUGUAUUGUCAUUAUUAUGUCACACUCAUAUUUUCCAUUUGAAUAACUUCAUCUUACUUUCAGACAGCACCCUGACCUGCCUGCUGAGACGUAACUUGGGAAACUAGAACAAGAUGCUUAUCCAAGCAAUCGUAAUCCUGGAGUAUGAGCCAAAAUGCACUAAAUGCUAUUCACUUCCCUUUGAUUAAAAGUUUUGUCUCUGGCAAAAUUUGCCUUAAUUCAUUUGCCAAAUGCCUUCAGGUGAGAAAAAUGUACUGUGAACAGGAAAUCUGAUUUUCUUCAUUACUAAAAUGAAAUUUCAUGUUCAAAAAAGACAGAUAAUAUGCUAGUUGAAUUGGUGUUACACACUUCCUUUACCACAUUGUUGAGGAGCCAUUUGUCAUCGUGUGUGAGAUCUGCAUUUAAGUCCAUGCUGUAAGGGCAGCCUUGAACUGGGAACAGUGGGUAACCCAAGACAUGGAAAUCCCUCCCCAUAAAAUCCUUGUGCUGAAAUGUUAUCUUCUCACUUCUUUUUUGUUUUCAUUAUAUUUAUAUUAUCUCAUUAUAUUUGUAAUCGUGAAAUGUUACAUUAAUAACAUUUGCAGCUGAAUUAAAUUGAAAGUAACAACAAACUU